UUUGAUCUCUUGUUCCUCUGUGCGGCUCUGGGAAUAUCAUCACCAUCAUCAUCAUCAUCAUCAUCAACGUAUUUCAGCUUAAGGGCCGAGGAGCAGAACAUACAAUGGUGGUCGGACGCGGAGGCUACAAGUUCCAGAACUGGGCCCAGACCUACGGAUCCAGCCCGGAGCUCUACUUCCAGCCCACGUGUGUCGAGGAAAUAAAGGAAAUUCUAGAUCUGGCUCGUCAGCGAAGCAAAAGAGUCAAGGUGGUGGGAGGAGGUCACUCUCCCUCGGACAUCGCCUGCACCGACGACUUUAUGAUCCGAAUGGAUAAGAUGAACAGAAUCCUCAAGGUGGAUAAGGAGAAGAAACAGGUGACAGUGGAAGGGGGGAUGCUCCUCACCGAUCUGAACAAGGAGCUGGAUAAGCGCGGCCUGGCUCUGUCCAAUUUAGGAGCCGUGUCGGAAGUUGCUGCCGCCGGUGUCAUUGGGACCGGAACCCACAAUACGGGAAUCACUCAUGGAAUAUUAGCCACCCAGGUGGUAGCCCUGGCGCUGAUGACGGCAUCGGGGGAGAUCCUGGAAUGCUCGGAGGCUACAAACCCAGAAAUAUUCCAGGCAGCGCGGCUCCAUCUGGGCUCCCUGGGAGUGAUACUCAGCGUCACUAUUCAGUGCAGAUCUGCCUUCCGCCUGAAGGAGAUUCAGUUCUCAUCAUCUCUCCAAGAGGUCCUCGACAACCUGGACGCCCAUUUGAACAGCUCCGAAUAUUUCCGAUUCUUCUGGUUUCCGCACACGGAGAACGUCAGCGUCUUUUAUCAGGACCCGACAGACAAGCCCCCGGCUUCCAAAGCAAACUGGUUUCGGGACUCUUUUCUGGGAUAUUAUCUGCUAGAGUUCCUGCUAUGGAUAAGCACUUUCAUGUCAGGGAUGGUCCCUUGGAUCAACCGGUUCUUCUUCCGGCUGCUGUUUGCCAGUAAAAGCCAACGGGUCAACAUCAGUCAUAAAGUCUUCAACUUCGACUGUCUGUUCAAGCAGCACGUACAGGACUGGGCUAUUCCCAUAGAAAAGACCAAGGACGCAUUAAUGCAGCUGAAGGAUUGGCUGGAGAAGAACCCGCACGUAGUGGCGCAUUUCCCAGUGGAGGUCCGAUUUGCCCGCGGGGAUGAUAUACUGAUGAGCCCUUGUUACCAUCGGGACAGUUGUUACAUGAACAUUAUUAUGUACAGGCCUUAUGGGAAAGAUGUUCCGCACCAAGAAUACUGGGUAGAAUAUGAGAAUAUCAUGAAAAAAGUUGGAGGAAGGCCCCACUGGGCCAAGGCUCACACCUGCACCCGCAAAGACUUUGAAAAGAUGUACCCGGCAUUCGGCAAAUUCAAGGGCAUCCGGGAGAAGCUGGACACAACGGGAAUGUUCCUAAAUGCUUAUCUGGAGAAGGUCUUCUACUAAUGAGCAGGGGGAGCUGGGGAACGAGAACAAUCCUGAGCAUUAUACCAAUAUACCCGAGCAUUAUACCCUUAUACCCGAGCCUUAUACCAUUAUACCCGAGCAUUAU